CACUUUCCCUUUUGUUGACUUACGAAGCGUCAUUCAGAAGUAGCAAAACAUCUUAACAUAUUUCAUGGCUAUACAUAUCCGUUUGUCAGCAAGCAUCUUGAAGGCAUCCCCACCCAAUGCCCGCUUCCCUCUACCUUCGACCCAACCCUCGGGCGUUCUUCCUCUUGACCUCUGACCAUGCUCUCGUCUUUCGACACCCAGAUACGACCGAGUCAAAGGCAUCAAAGAGCGUUGUGGUGGCCGAGUUCUUAGCUAUGGAGGAAGUGGACAUGCGGGGGUUAGUCAUGGUGAGCAGAGGUCGUACUGUGGAAGGUGUUCUAGGUGUCACUUGUGUUCCUACGGAGAGGUCUCCAAUACCGGAAAUCUUUCUACUACUCAUGACUGAUUUUACCCCUUUAUCCCCAUUUCUCCCUUCUUCCUCAUUACGGCCAGCUCGAGUCUUGGGGGUCGAAUUCUUUUCCCUUUCGUCGUCUUUUUGGGAUCCACCUGAUCUCGUUGCUGCCAUCAAUGCCUCAGUAGCCUUGGACGAAUGGCAAGAUCCUUACAAUCCUCAAGCUUACCCUUUAUCUCAAUCAUCCACCCAAAGCCAGGCUCAACAACAGGGACUCGAGCAUCCUUGUGCAGGAAUGAAAAAAUACCUCGAAUCGGGCGGGUUUUUCUUCGCUGAGGAAUGUAAAUGGGAUAUUUCCACUCGGAUGGGAGAUACAGAUUGGGUUCAUGCGGAGAAAGGAUUGGUCAAACAUCCACUCGAUACGUUUGACGAACGAUUCGUUUGGAACGCCAAGCUUUUAGCACCAUUAUUGAACUUCCGCUCUAAACUUCCUGCCAGCGUCAAAGCUGGCUUGGAUCAACAAAACUUGCUCAUACCAGUCUUACAGGGAUUCUGUGGGUCAGUACCUAUAGCUACGGGGACAUACACCGAGAAUGGGAGACCUGAGAUCGCCGCGUUGGGGAUUAUCAGCCGUUUGAGUUGGAAACGCGCCGGAGCAAGGUUUAGAACAAGAGGGAUAGAUGAUGAUGGACAAGUGGCCAACUUUGUGGAGACAGAAGUGGUGCUCGCGACCAGUAACGUCUGUUUGAGCUAUGUGGAGGUGAGAGGUUCGGUGCCGAUGUUCUGGCAACAACCAAGCACAGGUCUUGGUACCCUACAACAAAAGGUUGAGAUAAUCAGACCUCCUCAGGCCACACAACCGGCUUUCGAUAAACACUUCCUAGACCUCAUGGAUCAUUACGGUUCCAUUCAUGCGGUCAACUUACUAGGACAGCGAGAUUCCGAAGCUAUGUUGUCGGCGGCAUAUUCAGAUCAUCUAGCAUCUCUCAGACAGACAUUAGAAGCGAUGCCCCAUGAUGGGACAUCACCACGGGGUGAUCUAGAUCUCACAGCCUAUGACUUUCACGCUUCUGUCAGAACCAACGGGCAGGAUGCACCCAAACACGACUUUUCCACCAGACUGAAUGGUCCUGUUCGGUCAUCUGAGAAGUUUGCAUGGACGGCCAUCGAUGCGGAGACCGGACAGAUCAUCGAAAGACAACAGGGAGUUUUUCGUGUCAACUGUUUAGACUGCCUUGAUAGGACAAAUUAUGUUCAAGAAGUCAUUUCCUCGAUUGCCCUAGCUAGAUUCCUUCGAUCAAUCGGCUCGCCAUUAGCAACCAGUCCCACUCUUUGGAACGCCCAUCGACAGCUUUGGGCGGACAAUGGAGAUCGGCUUAGUAAGAUUUAUGCGGGGACAGGCGCAUUGAACACUUCAGCCACGAGAUCAGGUAAAAAGACCUUUGCAGGAUUACUCAGUGAUGCCACCAAAAGUAUGGGAAGAGCGUACAUUACCAAUUUUCAAGAUAAGGGCAAACAAACGUCAAUCGAUAUGUUACUGGGCAUGAUGGCUGGUCAGCGUCCUGUGGUUUUGUUCGACCCUAUUGGGGAUUCUGUACAGACUGCCUUGGCUGCGCGGGUGGACGAAUACUCUCAAACCAGAGAAAUCACAAUCUUCGCUGGGACCUGGAAUCUGAAUGGCAAGGUGAGACCAGUUGCGGACAUCUACAUGAUUGCAUUUCAAGAAAUCGUAGAACUUACUGCUGGUCAAAUCCUCCAGACUGAUCCUGCUAAACGACGCAUGUGGGAAAAGUACAUCAUGGACACGUUCCAUGCUCGCGGGGAGAAGCAUCCAGAGUAUUUAUUGUUCCGAAGUGAACAGCUAGUCGGAACAGCCCUCAUCAUUGUCAUACGCUCCGAUCUCGCCCCAAACGUCCGAAAUGUGGAAACCGCGACCAAGAAGACGGGUUUGCAAGGACUCAGUGGGAACAAAGGUGGCGUGGGCAUACGCUUGGACCUUUUCGAUUCGAGUUUCUGCUUCAUGACCUGUCAUUUAGCUGCAGGACAGAAUAACGUGGCUGAGAGGAACGCCGAUUAUCGAACCAUCUCGGAAGGCCUCAAAUUCUUGAGGGGUAAAUCGAUUGAGGAUCAUGAUGUCAUCAUCUGGGCUGCUGAUUUCAAUUACCGGAUAUCGCUCCCGAAUGGGGAAGUGCGAGAGUUGACAGCGUCUGAUGACAUCGAGUCUCUCGUGGAAGCAGAUCAGCUCAAACUGGCCAUUGAAGCAGGCGAAGUGUUCCAUGGAUAUCAAGAAGGAAUCAUCACCUUCCUCCCCACUUACAACGACAACGGCACAGACGAGUACGACACGAGCGAGAAACAACGUAUACCUUCUUGGACAGAUCGUGUCCUUUAUCGGGGAUCAGAAGUUCAUCUCGAGACGUACAAUCGAGCAGACUUACGAACUUCGGAUCACCGACCGGUAUAUGCUGUUGUUCGAGCUAACGUCAAACAAAUCGAUCACGUCAAGAAGGACCAGAUAGCGGAGGAAAUUAUGGGAGCGUUGCGGUCGCAUGAUGGACGGAUAGAUACAAAGAUACAAAAUGCUCUAUAUGGUGGGCCUGCAACUCUGCGUAAUGGCCAUAAACAUUUCCCACACAAAGCACCCGCUCUACCUCCCAGACCAUCCCGGACGAUAUCUCAGUCCAGUCUGAACACGAAUCCUGUGACUCGUCAAGUUCCAUCCGGUUCUGCCUCGCGUUAUCUCAUGUCAGUUUCUCAACCUUCAACAUCGGUAGAAUCAAAUAGACGACCUCCACCUCCGAUCCCUAAUCGUAUCCCCUCGACCAAAUCUAUUUCUUCCCUCACUCAAACGUCAUCCUCUUCAUCCGAACGUCGGUCAAUAAACAACAUUCCCAGAAAAAUAUCCAACGGUUCAGUGAGCAGUACCACCUCUCGGAUUCACGCAGCAUCUCCUACACCAUUAAUGACACCUACUUCCACAGGUGACUUUAUCCUCGUUUCCUCUUCCAAAAACCCACCUCCCUUACCUUCCAGACAAGGAUCCCUCCCUAGACUUUCUCCCCCUUCAAUACCGAAACGUUCCAAUGGAUCUCCCCAAGCUGUGGUUCCAUUGUCAAAAACAAGACCAUCCUUAGACCUUAAUGCUUCUCCACCGGAAGGCUUAGCUGCACCUGUGUUGACUCCUGACGUGGUGAAGACGGUGAAAAAGCCAGUUCCGAACGUUCCUAGUAAACCUGCCAAAUUGCGUGGUGGGAUGUCUGGUUCUGAACCUAAACAUGUGACACCCAUGACGACUUGAUGAUUGUAUGGUAGUUGUUGUAUACUUUGCAUUUGUUAUUUUC